GGCAGACGGGGCGCGCAGGCGCCCUCGCGUUCGGGCCGGCGCCCCCGGGCCUGUGGGGCCGGCGGCUGGCUCCGUCCGGCCGCUGCGCGCUUUCUCCUCGGGUUACCGACGCGGAGCCGGGGACCCGGCCCUCCCGUCGCAGACUGUCAGCAGCCGUCCCGCAGCGGCCGCGCAGGGGCAGAGAGAAUGCCAACCGGCCGGGGCCUACUGUGGCUUGGCCUGGUCCUGGGCUCCGUCUGCGCCAUCCUGGGGACCGGAGCGCCUGGCAGCUCGGCCACAGAUGCUCUGAAUGUCCUUCUAAUCAUCGUGGAUGACCUGCGCCCCUCCCUCGGCUGUUAUGGGGACACGCUUCUAAGGACCCCAAACAUCGACCAACUGGCGUCUCACAGCCUCCUCUUCCAGAAUGCGUUUGCCCAGCAAGCAGUGUGUGCCCCGAGCCGCGUGUCCUUCCUCACCGGGAGGAGACCAGACACCACCCGCCUGUAUGACUUCAACUCCUACUGGAGAGUGCAUGCUGGAAACUUCUCCAUCCUCCCCCAGUACUUCAAGGAGAAUGGCUACGUGACCAUGUCGGUUGGAAAAGUCUUUCACCCUGGAGUAUCUUCCAAUCAUAGUGAUGAUUCUCCAUACAGCUGGUCUGUUCCGCCUUAUCAUCCCUCCUCUGAAAAGUAUGAAAACACCAAGACAUGUAGGGGGCCCGAUGGACAGCCCCAUGCCAACCUGCUUUGCCCCGUGGAUGUGGCAGAGGUGCCUGAGGGCACCUUGCCUGACAAGCAGAGCACCGAGCAAGCCGUACGGUUGUUGGAAAAGAUGAAAACGUCAGCGAGUCCUUUCUUCCUGGCCAUUGGGUAUCAUAAGCCACACAUCCCCUUCAGAUACCCCAAGGAGUUCCAGAAGUUGUAUCCUUUGGAAAGCAUCCCGCUGGCUCCCGAUCCCCAGGUCCCUGCUGGCCUCCCUCCUGUGGCCUACAACCCCUGGAUGGAUAUCAGGCAGCGGGAGGAUGUCCAGGCCUUAAACCUCAGUGUGCCCUAUGGCCCAGUUCCUGUGGACUUUCAGCGGAAACUCCGCCAGAGCUACUUUGCCUGCGUGUCGUACUUGGAUACACAGGUCGGCCUCCUUCUGAGCGCUUUGGAUGCUCAUCAGCUGGCCGACAGCACGAUCGUUGUGUUUACCUCGGAUCAUGGGUGGGCUCUAGGUGAACAUGGAGAAUGGGCCAAAUACAGCAAUUUUGAUGUCACUACUCGUGUGCCACUGAUGUUCUAUGUUCCUGGAAGGACAGCUCCACUUCCUGAGGCAGGAGAGAAGUUUUUCUCUUACAUCGACCCAUUUGAGUCCAUCUCGGAAUUGGUGGAACCAGGCCGGCAAGUUGUGGACCUCGUAGAACUUCUCUCUCUCUUCCCCACGCUCGCAGCACUGACGGGACUGCACGUUCCACCUCGCUGCCCUGUUCCCUCCUUUCACGUCGAGCUGUGCCGAGAAGGCCAGAACCUUUGGAAGCAUUUUCAAUUCGAUGACCUGGAAGAGGACACGUAUCCCCAUGGUAACCCCCGUGAGUCGAUUGCAUAUAGCCAGUACCCCCGGCCUGCAGACUUUCCUCAGUGGAAUUCUGAUAAGCCGAGCUUAAAAGAUAUAAAGAUCAUGGGCUGUUCCAUUCGCACAAUAGACUACAGGUACACUGUGUGGGUUGGCUUCAGUCCCCAUGAAUUUCUGGCUAACUUUUCUGACAUCCAUGCAGGGGAACUGUAUUUUGUAGCUUCUGACCCUUUGCAGGAUCACAACAUGUAUAAUUACUCCCAGGACAGAGACCUUCCUGGACCACCGAGGCCUUGAGUUUUGCCAACUACCCAGAGCGUAUAUUACGCACUCCCUUCCAGCUGGUGAGAGAAGGCGUUAGAGCUGGUUGUUUUGUGAUUACACAUAAUAAUGGAAGCAACCUGAGGGGUAGGCAGUCAAAACAUGCAUCAACAAUUUGGUCCAGAGUACGUAACCGCCGAACCUCUUGAUUUUUGUCUUUAUUAAUUUCUGAUUGGUCUAAUUGCAGUGGGGCCGGGCUGAACCUUUCUUUCCUUUUGAUAAAACCGUCAUAGCUUACGUACUGAAUGAGUGAGUACAAAGUGAGCACGGUGAAAUUGUCGUACCUUUAUGACAUGUUAAGACCGUAAUAGCCAGACAUAGCCCUGUACUCAAGAAAGACUUGGAUUAUUUGUGGUACUUAGUGCAUGUCAAAAAGUGAUCAUCUAUCAAACUAGAGUGAACACUAAGUUCCUGGUUCUUUUGCUUAUGAUUUAAUAAUUGAGCCCAAUAUAUUCAACACAUGUCAACAUUUAUAAUUCACGUUUCUUUUAACAUGUAAAGUUAAAUAAUAA